AUCUAUCCGUACAUUCCUGUAGACAAUACGUAGGCACGUAAAUCUCCCAUGUAUAUGUAUACGUGCAUUAAUUUUUUACGUAUGUAUGCGUAUACGAAUUUCGCACAACACAUCGGAGAAAUUCUGUUCGACGUGUGCUUGUACAAUAUUUUUAGUUUGGACAUUAAUACACGUGUAACGUGGUAGCAUAUGCAUGCUCGUGCAUGUGUAUAAAAUUAUCUGUGGAAAACAAAAUUCCGUUUUAUUGUAACCAUUUACUCUAUUCUCGUUCACUAGCCUGGUUGUCGUUGAAACGUUCUCGCGAAAGAUUUUUUGGCGAGUAGUAGAAUUUUUCUGUCACUGGGGGGAUUCUCUUAUUUUGUGUGUUAUUUCUCUUUGUGGAGGAACUGCGAUGGUAAUUGUGUAUUUGUAAUAGAACGCGCGACAUCGAUCGGACCGAUUUCCGUUUCGGAGUUCCGCGUAUAUUUACGAUAUUUGAUUAGAACGAAUUGUUUCAUGGUGUUUGUUAGUGCGCGUGUCAACCAUUCAUAAUGCAUUCGAGUAUCGAAUAUUAUUUUGCGACAAGUUGUAGUGUUGGAUCUCCAUUGGCAUGGAGCUAGGAGCACAUUAAUAGUGAUAGUCUACAAGAUCUUGGUUUCUAUGCAUUGCCUGCCAAAGAAGAACUGAGCCCAAUGUUUCCACACAAUUCUAGUUCACAUGAGAUUUCUACAGAAACAAAUGCCUUCGUACAAAAUUCCAUGGGGGAUGCAGUAGUAUUAGGGAAAAACAGUCCGAUAGGGGUGGGGAAGGGAAAAGAAUCAGAAAAUGCUAGGUACUGUGAUAUCGAAUUCAUAAACAACAACACGAUGGUAAAACCUAUUAACCAUCUUGGAAAUACCGCCGCCAAUGACUUUUUAACCGUCCUGUUGAGCCAAACUGGCAAGUCCAUCUUGACCAGUCGAGGCCCGACCUGCCAGUCAGUGGCGUCGUCAACCACAAUACACCCAACAAAAAAUCACUUUCUAACUUACGAUAAUAAUAAUAAUCCUACACUAAAUAAUCGCUCAAGACGAGCCGAACAUAAUCAUCAAGAUGAUCGAAAAACAACAGUUAAUGCAACAACAAAAAGAAAACAACCGGGCUCGCCCGGAAAACAAAAACCGGGCAGCUCCGCCAAUAACUCUAAGUCUAUAUCUAAGACACUAAGUGAUAAUAAGAUUAGCUGUAGCGUAUUAAACAUUAGGGUACUAAAUAUAAGCAUAAAUCUACGAUUAACAGGGGAUAAGUGCGCAAUCGGUGAAGGGGUACCUAGCCUAGUUAGGAUACCCAAGUCUGAUCGCCCCUCAUCAGGCCACUUCUCUCUCGACUCUCUUGACAAUUACUCCUUACUAGGGUCCUGCCUUCAUCCGGGCAAAUACAAUAACAUUAAGUCUAAUUCUAGCUUCGUAAGUAAUAAUAACGAUAACUACAAGUCUGUGAUAUUGCUCAGCUCAACCAGUAACCAUUAUUUCCUCUGCGUCGAAAUGGACAGUGGUGCGAUCGCAAUGAGACUAGGAGCCCGUUUCAAUCCACUCAGAUUCUUAGCGAACUCUUCUUUCGACGGUUUAUUGUUACACAAAUCGUUUCUUUUUCAAUCGCAGGAUGAACACCGUACAAUUAUGUAUAUAUCCUCGACGAGUGAUCGGAUCAUUAAAAUUAAGCGCUCUUCGGCGGGAUUCAUGAUUAAAACGAAACUCGUCCCUCGUGAUUUCGAUCAAGAAGGAUCGCGGGAAUCGUCUUUGAUAUGUUUAAUUAAAUUUGUUUUCGAUCACGUUAAUAUCCCGAAGUGCGUAUCACCGUGUCAAAAUCAAAACAUGGCCGAAUUUCUCUGUAUCGAAAUGGAGUUCGAAAACCUACAAAACAUUGCAAACGAUACAUCGCGUGAUUUAACAUUUGACGAUAUUCCUUUAGCCGAUAUUAAUCAAGAAAUUCUAAAAUUUCUAUUCACAUAUCUAUUUUUGAAAAACGAAUCUCGCCUUCUGUUCAGCCUGGGUAUCGCGAGGGAGUUGUCAAACGAAGUUAACUUCUCGUACGGGGAAUUGGAGCGACAACCUUCGCGCGUACUUAGCGAUCUUCUCUUGAGUAGCGCGUUCUCAAAAGUCAACAUUUCGUCCAUGAUAAUCGAAUUUUUUCUUGGGGACACUAACGAUACGAAUAAGGAAUACUUGGAGAAUGUUACGUCGUACGAUAUAUCUGAUGUUAACAAUAAUAUCGCGCUGGCACACAUUGAGGAAAACUAUGUAAAAAUAUCAAAGUUGCCUUUAAAUUUCGUGAUGCUAAAGAAAGUUAAAUUAAGUGAUAGAUCGUCGAACGAAGAAUCAGAUUCGAUUAAGGAAGGGAAAAACGUGGCCACCAGUUCUUCCAUUACGCUUAUCGUUCCCGGAAACGAGCUAACUGACCAGCCUCUGCGACCUCUCCCAUUGAGAAACGCGCCGAAACGCGCACAAUCCUCUCCUCCAUGGCUCGACCUGGUCGCGAGCGAGCUGACGCAACGCGCAUGUGUUCCAUUCUCGUUAGAUCGUAAGCUUUAUGUGGUUAAAUUUAGGUAUAAGGUGAUAUGCGAUUUUAGUAUUAUGUGGAAGGGGAUACCGAGCCACGAGACUAGCUACGAAAGGACACAUCUCGAUGUCCACUACUCAAACGUUACUUUCAACACGAAUGUGAGAACAUUGGCCCGCAAACCUCAAGAUUUUAUCACGACGAAGCCAUAUUCGGAGAUCGAAACACUCUCAAACAACCACGGAACAACAAAUCGUGAACUUGUCAACUUCAAUAAACAUAUUCCAGCAUCUCUCAGCAAACCAUCGGCAACGGUAUCGACAACGACGAUUUAUUGUAAAACUUGGACUGGACUGUUCACGGAAAUAAUUGCAAACAUAAACAGCGACGAUUCGACCUCAAACACGCAAACAUUGGAAAAUUUAUUAAACGCAACCACUUGGAAGAAGCCGAGCGAUAGAAUUUUGGUCUCCAUCGAUACAUCUGCACGAAAUUCGUACUACUCGUUUCCGUAUGAAAUCUUUGGCGCGGCGUAUUCGAAAGCCUCGACUUUGACGAAGGAAUAUCCAAACGCUUGGUUCGUAAUAAGAACAUCGGAAACAAUAAUUUUGAAUAUAAAUGAAAGGAUGGCGGAGAUGUUGUCCUGGGGAAUUAAUAGUAUUAGUAACGUGGCAACAAUUACUGUUGGUGCUCUUUCAUUUCAGGAUAAUGUUAAGUCUAACGAGCCCGUGGGCGCUUAUUUCGCGAACUAUAGGUACCCGGGGUCGUGCGUGCGUCUGGACCCUGGGUUUGUUAAGUCUCUUUCUAAGUCUACUAUAGGGGAUAGAUAUAGGGUUAAGGGGGAGAACCAAGCCGAGUUCGCUCUCUACAUUCCUACUACGACUACCUGCAAGCCUACGAUGACGCUUAAACGCCAAUCUGCAUCCCGAAUAAUCGGUGUACCUGGAUCUCGGCCGAAAUACUUCGAGACAUUAUGGCCCGACCAAAUGCACACUCCUCACGAUUUUUAUGACAGUCUGCCGAAGUGUUUAACGAGAUAUCGCAAUGAUUCUCUUCCUGGGGGCGAAUACAAAGAAGACUCAUUGGGAUGUUUCGACUGCUUUAACGAACAAAUCAUACGCCGAAAUGCUGCUAAGAAUGUUGACCGUAAUCAACUGGAAAUGAUCAAAUAUCGUACCGCCGUCUAUUUGCAUGGCGAUCGACAUGCUAAAGCAGGGCUAUCUCGUUUACGUGGAUUUGAGGGGUAUGAUUAUUGCCAAGAUAUGCGCGAGCUAAUAGAAGGGAAUGUUUCUAUUGUUUCAUCGUACUCUAGUUCACCGAAACGAACGAGGUUAAGAUAUCAAGUUUUUAUCGACGUGAUGAAUGAAAACGUUUCUCUAGAAAAUCUCUGUGAUGUAUAUCGAUUUAAAGAGACGUACAAAAUACACCAAAUUAUCGGAUUUGAUGUUGAGAAUAUUUUCGCUGGAAGUCCGAUCAAUUCUAAUCAAAUCGCUCUUAUCAGUUCGAUGUUUCAAACUGCCCAAUACAUUGACAAUGAAGGAUUUAAUGUAAAUUCCCCGGAUACGAAGAAGAUGGCCGUAAUUGUGAUAAACCUCCGCGAUUGCGAUCAAUUCGAAGAAUGUCAAACUCAUGUCUGUGCAACGAACAGCCAGUGCUUCGAUGGAGAGAGGAUUGCCUCAAAUCGAACGGAAUAUAUCAUGCCUGCGGGGAACGCGAUUUCCGUUGAUACGGAAAACAAAGAAAUCUCUGCGAGCAACUCCAGCCGAGGCCACCUCAUCGAUUGCGCAAGGAAUCUCAUUGCAGCGUCCGUAGGGGUUUCCAAAGAUGCUUUACAAGCUCUAAAAUAUGAUCUUAAACGCGUGUUAACUCUCCUUUUCGGAUCGAUCUCCAAUAUAGACGAUCCCAGUCUAGAGUACAGGAAGAGGUGGGGGAUUUCCAACAUACUUAGACUAGCUGGCGGUGGUGAAAGUUCAUUGAACAAUGGUGGAGCUGCAAAUUGGGGUUCUGCGCAGACCAGCGCUACAAAUAAUAAUAAUAGCAAUCAAUCCACGUGGGGAGGGACUUCAGGGAAUCCUUCUGGGAACAGUGGGACAACUGGAAAUUGGUCUGGGAACAAUGUAAAUAGAUCUGCUGCUGGCAAUCCAACGAAUCAAAAUCAAGGACCACUCAGUGGACAAAACGUUCCGGGUAACGUAAAUAAGAUGAAUAAUCCAAAUCAGCAAGUGAAUCAACAAUCAGGCCCACCGACUUCUCAAUCAAGCAGUACAAAUCAGGGUGGUCAGAACAAUAACCAAUGGUCGCACGGUAAAUCCAAUUCUGGAGGGCCUGGCCAAAACCCUUCUGUCCCAAAUAAUAACAAUAAUUCAGUGCAACAACAACAGCAACAGCCGCCAAACUCCAGUAGCAAUAAUAAUCAGACGAAUAAUCAGGCGAAUAAUCCUGCUCAGGGAUCCGUUAACAGUAGUAAUACACCUGCUAGUAAUAAUCCUUCGACAAAACAACAACUGGAGCAAUUGAACAUUAUGAGGGAAGCACUUUUCAGUCAAGAUGGCUGGGGACGUCAACAUGUGAAUCAGGAUACAAACUGGGAUCUUCCCACAACUCCAGAGCCUAAUACGACGAAAGAGGCAGGUCCUGUGUGGAAGCUGCCAGUAAAUACCGGUACAGACCUAUGGGAAACCAAUAUCAGAAACGGUGGUCAACCACCGCCUCAACAACAACCAAAAACCCCUUGGGGUCAUACUCCAGUCACAAACAUUGGUGGAACUUGGGGCGAAGAUGACGAAGCUGUCGAUUCGUCAAGUAUGUGGACCGGCGCUCCUACAUCUUCCCAACCAAACACUGCCGCUGGACAAUGGACAACCAGUACCGGUAAUCAAACCGGUAUGUGGGGAGGAUCUAAUUGGGGUGACCCAAGAAUCGACCAUCGAGAUCCUCGAGAUCUUCGUUCUGUCGACCCCAGAGAAAUGCGAGAUCCUCGUGAUCACAGAAUGUCCUUGGAUCCUCGAGAGCACAUACGUGUGAUGGAUCCAAUGGCUCGAGAUCCCAGAAUGGCGGACAUGCGCGGGGAUCCUCGAGGAAUUUCUGGAAGAUUGAAUGGCGCCAGCGCGGACGCCAUGUGGGGCCAACCACCAGGUCCUCCGCAUCAUCAGAUGGGACAUCAACAUCCUUCGGGACCACCGGCAAAGAUGUUGAAUCCUUCGAGUAUAAAUCAGUGGGUUGCCCCGCCGCCAAAAGAUAUUAUGCCUGGGAAACCAUCAGGCUGGGAAGAACCUUCUCCACCUACGCAAAGAAGAAGUGUUCCGAAUUAUGACGAUGGCACUAGUUUAUGGGGAAAUGCUGCAGCUAAUCAGAGGACUAUACCUGGAAGUAAAGUUUCUCAUUGGAAGGAUCUUCCGACUCCAAAUGUAGCAAGAGGAGGAAUGCCGUGUCCCCCAGGUAUGCCGCAAAACAGAAUGCCAGGUCAACCUGGAAUGAAACCAGACGUUAGUGGACCAAUGUGGGGUCAUCCUGGUGCUCCCGGCGGACGAAAUGGUAGCUGGAGCGAAGGACCACACGACACAGGUUCAUGGGAUGAUCCAAAAACGCCAAGUACCUGGAACGAAGCUCAGUUAAAUCCUGGCACUUGGGGUGGACCUAGUGCGCACAAACCCAAACCUAUGGGACCCGCUGUAAGCUGGGUUGAUACUGAUAUGGAUCAUUCUCCUAGUUGGGGUCAUCCUACAAAACCUACUCUUACAAAGGAAGUUAUAUGGAAUAGCAGGGAAUUUCGAUAUCUCUGUGAUUUAGGAUUUAAAAAAGAUGAUGUGGAACUGGCACUGAGAAAUCGUGAAAUGAAUAGAGAGGAAGCUUUAGAACUUUUGAGUCAGUUGCGGCCUUCAGAUCAAUGGAGAAGACAUGAUGCACACUCCACCUAUGAUCCUGCUAAUCAAGCUACAACUGCACCAGCAUAUCCUAGAUUUAAUCACGUCGCACAGCAGAUGUCUUUUCCUCCGGGUGCUGGUGUCGCAAGUGGAAAUACAACCAGUAGUGUAGGAGGAUCAGUUGCUAGCGCAAGUCUAUUAAAGCUACAACAACAGCAACAACAAACUGCUGUUCCGUUGCAACAACAGCAACAACAGCAGCCUGGCGGCAAUGCACCGCAGCCACCUUUCAAUCAGGCUUCUAGAACUCCUCAAAAUCAACCAAGUACUCAACAGCUGCGCAUGUUAGUGCAACAAAUUCAGUUAGCCGUCCAAGAAGGUUACUUAAAUCAUCAAAUUCUAAAUCAACCACUUGCACCUCAAACUUUAAUACUUCUGAACCAAUUAUUGCAACAAAUAAAAGUUCUGCAGCAACUUCAUCAGCAACAUUCGGUGCAAAGUACAAUGAAGGGUAAUGGCCAAUCAGUUCUGCAGAUUAGUGUACAAAUUACAAAGACAAAGCAGCAAAUCGCGAAUUUACAAAAUCAGAUUGCUGUACAACAAGCUACUUACAUGAAGCAGCAACAACAGCAGCAACAACAACAACAGCAACAACAGCAACAGCAACAACACCCAGUGCCACCGUCUCAGAGCUCGGAAUAUUAUAAAAGCUCUGUGCAUGAUCCCAUGUCUGCACUGCAAAACAGUUUUACAGAAUUGACUAUGAACAAGGAGCCCCCAAUCAGUCAGCAACAAUCAAGGCUUAACCAGUGGAAGUUACCUUCAUUGGACAAGGACGGAGAGUUAGUUUCGAAUGAAUUCUCGAGGGCACCAGGAACAACUAGUAAGCCAGCAGCAACAUCGGCUGGUUUGACACAAUCACACAGUAGUCCUAACAUGAAUCCUUUGUUGGGUCAAGGAGAUGGUACAUGGUCAACCAGACUCGGAGACAGUGGGUGGCCAGAUCCAGGCAAUACGGACUCCACUGACGGAAAGGAUUGGCAGCCAACUGGUGCAGCUGCUUUCACUGACCUUGUGCCUGAGUUUGAACCUGGCAAGCCGUGGAAGGGUACCCAGAUGAAAAGCAUCGAGGAUGAUCCAAGCAUUACUCCCGGUUCAGUGGUCCGUUCACCACUGUCUUUAGCAACGAUCAAAGAUCCGGAUGCUCUUUUCUCUUUAAGUAGCAAAACGUCUCCACCGCCGCAACAACCUACCAAUCUUGAUACUUCGAUACCAAGUUUGAGUAAUUCUACAUGGACAUUUAAUCCACCUACUACUACGCCGAGUGCAUUAUUUACCAGCUCAAAAAACACUUGGGGCGAGUCUGCACCACCGCCGACUGCGGUCACGUCGGAACUCUGGGGAGCCCCAAUGAGUAAAGUACGUGGUCCACCGCCAGGCCUGAGUAGCAAAGCCACCGGAAAUACGAGCAACGGCUGGGCAGGCUUCGGCACUGUCGGUAGACCGUCUAGUUCUUGGGGCUUUCAAUCAAGCACAAACGCUGGCUGGGUUUCCACUUGGUUACUACUGAAAAAUCUGACGCCUCAAAUCGAUGGUUCUACGUUGAAAACCCUUUGUAUGCAGCACGGCCCUGUUCAGGACUUUCGCUUAUACCUUAAUCAUGGAAUUGCAUUAACCAAGUAUUCGUCAAGAGACGAGGCUAUCAAGGCACAAGGUGCUCUAAACAAUUGCGUCCUGGGCAACACGACAAUUUUCGCAGAAUCGCCAGCCGACAGCGAGGUACACACUCUCUUGCAACAACUAAGUCACGGAGGUCAACAGCAAGCUGGAGCAACAGCUGGAGCAGGCUGGGGCUUGCGACCAUCGAACAAAACUGGUCCUCCACCCGACACCUGGGCCGGUAGUUCCAGUCAACUGUGGGGUGCUCCACCGAGUAGUAAUUCUCUUUGGAGCAACGCUGGCAUCGACAGCAACGAUCAACAACGUGCUACGCCCAGUUCUCUGAACUCGUACUUACCCGGAGAUCUUCUGGGAGGUGAGUCGAUGUAGAGUGCCGCACGGAGGAGCGGUAUCACUCGUGCGACGACCAAGCAUUCUUCUUCACGAUACGUCAAUUAUAUUGCGCAUUGUCAGACAGACGAGCCGGUUCUCACGAAUAAGUUACUUAAAUCAGUGUCGCAUAUGCGUGCAGCCUGAUACAACAAACGUGAUUCCGGCGUUAAUAGGGAUCUGAUUUGAUUUUUUUUUUGUUUUGUUUGUUUUCAACGGAAGUUUGAAACCGGGAUUUACGGAGGAGGGGGAAAUACUAUGAAUUUUAAGGCUUUCGGUGUGCGCCGUGUUUUGUUGACGGUUUAGGGUAGCACCGUCUACAUUUAACGACGCGCGUAAAUUGUGUUAUUAUUACGCGUACUAUGUUGUUUUUAAACCUUCAAUUAGUAUUAUCAUUGUAUUGCUUAUGUUGCAACAUUGGUGUUUCGGUAUUUUAAGAUAAUACUAAUUUCAUCCAAUGAUAACGCGCGUAUGUAUGUACGAAAGUGCACAUACACGCACCAUUUUUUUUCGAUAGACACAGUUUUAUGAAGUUUCAAUUAUUGAAUUAGUAUUAUUCUUUCUGUGCAGGUCGCGUUUUUAUUAAUAUAUGUUUCAAUGAUAAUUCUUUGCUAAUAUUCCGUUUAUUCAGCAAAUAUGUAUUAUUAGUAUGUUUCACUGUUUAAGUUGGUACCUUCGGUAUAUGCUACAUUCUUCGAUGUUUUUAAUUUUUCCUCAAUUUAGUUAUUACUGCGCGCGCAUAUUUCUAUAGUGCAAGUGUUCGAUGAUCACUGGAUAUACGCUGUAGUAUGCUAGAGAGACCCUCAUCUGAAAAUUGAAUACUGUGUUGCAUUUUUCAAUAUUUAGUAUAUUCGGAUCUGUUGUUGUUUUAUCUAGUAAUGCUACUGAUGCCACAACAUGCGUAUUUUUUUUCAUACGCGUCAUAUUUAAUUAUUGCAUAUUACUAUAUUUUAAUUCGUAAAUUAAUAUAACUGAUACAACGUUGUAUGCGCGUUGUCUUUGUCCAAUGUUUAAAUCUAUUGAUACGUGCAAAAUUCGUAUUCACAAUAACUGUUCAUAACAUUAACUGAAUUUUAAAUAUUAUAUUGGUGUGCGUUACAAUUUUGCUUCAAUUAUAGUAUAUCUAUCGUAUACAAAAAAAAAAGUGCGCGCGCAUGUGAUUAAUACUAAACAUAUUAACGCGCAAAACAGUUUCAUUAAAAAAUAACAUCAAUUUCAACUCCUGUUGUGUAUUUUGGGAAUUGAAGCACAAACAAUAGAAAAGUUACAAAAAAAAAAGAAAAGAAAAAAAAGAAAACUAUGCGUAUACACCGCAGCCAUUAGCUUUGAGAGAAUAAAAAAAAAACGUCGGCUGAUUUUUAAUGAGACGCUGCCAACGCUUUUUUUUUAAAGAAUGCGCGUGUAAGAAAGUAAAUUAUGAUUGAUGGUCUCACGAGUGUUCCACUUUUUUGCUCUGAACAGUUUCCUUUAAUUGAGACUGCAAUGCGUAUUAUAUAUCAAACGUAGACUGUACCAAUCUAAUCAAAACAGAAAAAGUGGCAAAGAGGAAUAAGAUAUGAAUGAAAUGAAAAUGAAAAAAAAAAAGGAAGAAAUAAGAAUGAAAAACUUCUUAAAGAAACUAAGCGAGGACCGCGUCGAUGCUACGGGCUAUACCUACCUCUUCCAUUAGCACCGGAGAUAGAGAAUCGACUUUUUAGUUGAAUUUUCCUUUCAGUUUAAACGUAAUGAUAGCAAGAAUGGCUUAAGUGAUUAUUCCUAAUAGAAUGCCAGCAAUAACAUGAACAACAAUCGUCGUUAACGAUGAUUAAACAUUCACUCAUGAAAUUGUAUUAAGUUUGACAAAAUCAACCAUUGCUACCAUUAUUCUUUUAGGAUACGUAACGUUAAUUAACAGUUAUCGAUGUGUUCAGCUACAUUAUUUGAGUCUCGACGAAUAUUUAAACAUUAGCGAUUCGACUAAAAACCGAUUCUUUAUCGACAAAUGCCCAGAAACCUUUAAAAAAAAAAAGGGGGUAGUAUAUCGGGGUCCGAGUUCUUGCGACGACAACAAAAACGAUACCAAAUGUUAUCGCAAUAACGUAAAUUUUAUUCUAUAUUAAAUCUAAAUGCCACCUGUCGUGCCAAUGUCCAGCGUGUCUCUUUACCAUUUACUAAUUAUAGAGUUAUAACGAAUAUGGCAAUUCGAUGUUUUUUCUCUAGCUAUCUUUGUCUGCCUGCCUAUCUGUGUGUCUGUCUCUAUCUUUCUCUAUUCUUUAUAAAGUGACUGGUAUUGAGGAGAAAUAAUUAUACCACUUCCCAUUGGUUGAUAUAAAUAAGAUAUUAUUAUCGGAAACGAUUCAUGCAUAUAUGUCUUAACAUCACGAUGAAAUUCUAAACGAAACUUUUCCUUUCGCGAAAACGUUUCGAAUUUUCGAGUCGAAGGUUUUAGUGACGAAAAGAAUUCAUUUUUAGAACCAUUUCAAUUUUUUUUCUUUUUUCGUAUGUUUCUUUUUUUUGUACUUCUACAAUUAGAAGUGUUAUCAGCAUGCGACAAAGAUUGUUCUUUCGUUCCGGUUUAAAUCCAGUCGGUACAGUGAAUCUAGUACAAUUAUAUUAGCUUUUUCGAUUGUUGGUUGUACAAGAUGUGAAAUAUACUUCCACGUAAUGUAAUUGAAUUUCUCACGCACCAGAAAAUAAGAGAAAGUUAACUGUCUUGUAUAUUUACUGCGGUGAUCUUUUGUGCUAUCGAAGGAGCGAAUCACAAUAUAGUUGUAAUUUUUAUUAGCGCCACGCAGAUAUUUUUUAACGAAUGAAGAAAGUUAUACUAACUUCUCCCUGUAACAGGUGACAGCUUAGUACCAUAUAACGCAGUACAUAUAACGAGUAUUAUGUUUAGGUUUAAAUUCGGUCCUAUUGGACUAAUUGCUUUUUCUAUGAAUAGCUUUCGUUAUCUAUUGUUGAGAAAUGGUAUGUUCUACGUCACUACGAUUUAAUUCUGAUUAGAUUAAUUAUUUAAAAAGAGCGAUACGGAAUUAAUCUCGAAAAUUCGAUGGAAUGAUCAAGACAAAAAAAAGAAACAAAGACAUUGAUGAUAGCGUAACUUUUUCUAAUUGGACCAUUGGGAGGGAGGUUCGAUGUUAAUAAGAAAAAAAAAAGAAAGAGGUGAAAAUGAGAUGUAGAAUUGAGGAUUAGGCGAAGCCUUAUGAAGUCUCAUCACCUCCUCCCCCUCCGUUGUGUGCGUGUGUGUACAUGGACGAUUUAUGCGGCAUCUUGUGCAUACAUGCAUAUGUGUAUAUGCGUCUGUCUGCGUGCAUGUGUGCGUGUAUGUGUAUGAUUUCAACGUCAAAGUACCUGAAUGGACUGAUAACCAUACCGAUGAAAAAAAAAGUGUUUAUUCAUUGCACAAUAUCUUUUUUCUAAUGUUUUGAAGUACACCGUAACGCCCUCAGGCCUGCAGUCUUGUUUAAUCCCAAGACUGACGCUCUUUUUCACAAUUUGCCAUUAAGCGGAUAAACGAAUUUGACGAUAACAAAAAAAAAAACAAAAAAAAAAAAAGAAGCGUGAAACUUUAACCUUCGAACCGCGUCAUCGAGUGUCGAUGCAAUUCAAAAUUUGUUUCGUUUUAACCGGGGAUUUGACUUAUUCGGGGCUGAUUACCGUUUGGGUAUUAACGAGUUCGAAUCGUUGCGUGCAUUCUGGAGUUUACUCAUACGUAAAAGUUACCGUGACUAGACAAAUUUCAGUCAUUAACGCUUGAUAAGUAAUCAAAUCGUUGGGAAGCUAAUUUUCUUAAAAUCCGAGAAAUGAGGUUACCACGUAAUAGCUAAUAUAAAUGAAGGGAUCAAAAAAUGAAAAAAAAUGGAUUUUGGUGAAUUUCGUACCGGGGGAGUCGUCUGAAAAAGAAAAAGAUUAAAA